CAACGCACAAGUUACAAGCAAUUACUGUCGAGUCCCAGCAGCCUCUAAAAUAUUCAUCUUCAAUCUUCAAUUCCGUCGAUAACAUCGAUAAAAUCAACGUUGAUGAUGUCUUAUAGUGUCUCUUUACUCCCAACACAACACCCAAUAAAAGCAAAACACCUCCACGGGGCAUUAUUAACGAAAUCAAAUUUGCAUAAGUUGCUGUCGAGAUGAUUGAAUGGGAGCCCGUUGAAGGCGGAUGGGGUUACAUGGUAGCACUAGGACUUAGCCUGGUCUAUAGUGUCACCAUGGUGCCGUUGUACGCCUUCGGUCUACUUUUUGCGGACUUUCUGCCGACAAUGGGAAAUGCAACAUUCGCGACGACACUAUCGAACGGCAUUUAUAACACAAUGCUAUCUUUCACAGGAUUAGCAGCGAAUAUUUUAUUGCAAAAAUAUUCCACUCGUAAAGUCGCUGCGUUGGGAACGCUUUUCUACUUUAUUGGCUCGUUUGGCAUCGUUUUUACAAAGACACUCGCACAAUUUGUAUUCUUCUACGGAGUCAUCCAAGGACUCGGAUUCGGUUUACUGAUGCCUGCCGCUUUUACAAGCUUCAACGCGUACUUUAUGCGCAAGAAAAACUUCGUAAUGGCGUUGUGUCAAGCUGGCAUCGUGGCGGUGACGUUGGCGUGGCCAACAAUUACCGAACAGCUAUUAGAAGUUUACGACUGGCGAGGUGUACCAUGUAUCUUCGCCGCAUUGAGUCUAAACUGUUUCCUGGCGGCGCUGUGUUUCCAUCCGAUCGAAUGGCACUCGAUAAGACGCAUACAACCUUCAAACGAUGACAGUGCACCAACAGAAAUUAAUAAGACCACGAGUGAGAUUGAAGUCCUUUUAGAGAAACAAGCCGAACGGAAAUUACCACAUGAAGAAACUUCGCCAGAUUCGAUAAUCACCGACGGUAACGUGACAUUUCCGAAGAAUUUUGCUUUCAGGCGAAAUCGUCAAAGAUCAACGAGUUCGCCGAACGGAAAUGCAACGAGGCAACUAUGCGAUUCGCUGGAUCUAUUCACAGAUUGGCGCUAUUUGAACAUGGCAUUCGGCUUAUCAUUCUCGUACACGUCGGAUUUCAUGUUCAUAUCGAUGUUGCCGCUGCUAGCCGCAAACAAAGGCCGUAACAACGAUGAGGCAACCCUCAUCAUGACAAUUUACUUCUCCUUCGACUUGAUAUGCAACCUCUUCCUGCCCAUUCUCAACUACCUGGUGCAAAUCAAGAACAGAUAUUUGUUCUUAGGUGGCACUGUGCUGUCAGCGCUGUUUCGGAUCGCUCUCACACUUGGCGAUUCCUACACGUGGCUGUGUGUGAACGUAGGAGUUUUGGGAUUUUUGCGCAGUUUCAUCCAGACACCGCUGCCGCUUGUAGUCGCCGAGACGUACGGCGAACGUUUCACCAGCGCGUUUUCUUUGUAUAUGGUCGUUUGUGGGUUCGUUACACUAAUUUACGGCCCUCUAACAGGAUUAAUCAAAUUCAUGACAGGCAGCGAUGAGCUCGUUCAGCACAUGCUCACGCUUCUCUACGUCCUUUGCGCCAUUACGUGGAGUGUUGAAAUGUGCUUCUUUCCGGCAAACAAAGCGCCGAGGAAAUGCAACACCAUUAAAAUAUCCAAGAAUUUAAUAUAAUAUUAUAUAUUCGUGCAGAAAUGUGUAAAAUGCAAAAAUAUUGUAUUAAAUCUUAAUGUGAAAUUAUUUCCGCCUGCCAGAGACGUUUUUAAACGUCGGAGCAUUACGAAUUAUGAUAAACGAGCGCCGAAAUUAAAUGUAUAUUCAUUCGAAUAA